AGCAAGAGCAUGUGCCUUUUUUUCCUUUUUGCUGUUGGUCACAGAGAAUCUUCUUACUUAAUGAUGUGUCUUCUGGAAUUCUUUAUUAUCCUUGCAGCCCUUGCAAGCACAGCUCAAUCUUUGACGUGCACUGAUUGCUUUAAUGUCGGCUCAAGUUCCUGCACAUCUCUUCAAAGUAAAGUCUGCCCAUCUGGCUAUGUGUGUGCAUCUCAGUAUGCAGUCACUGUUAUGGGUUCCACAGUCGUCGAACAAUUUAACAGAUCUUGUUCACCACAAGCACAAUGUGCCGUCACUGGAUCCUACACAGGUACACUUUCUGCAGAUCGGAUAGCCAUCACGUGCUGUAACACAGACUUAUGCACCCCGGCAACGCCCCAAGUACUGAACACAGAUUCCCAACCUAACGGACUGUGGUGUCAGCAGUGUUUAUCAGCAGACGCAACCCCCUGUACUGGCAACUUGGUGCAGUGUUCUGGGGAGCGGAACCUGUGCCUUCAGAAAUCUGUAAAAUCUACUUCAGGAUCAGAGACCGUUUAUAAGUCUGAGCGAGGUUGUGCCUCUAAAGGUUACUGCAACAUGGAGACCGGAACUGUCGUCUAUGGAGGGGUAACCCAAGAAACCACAUAUAUCUGCACCAAUGCUGCUCCUACCAAGAACAAUGCUGCAACUAUAACUGCUACUGCCACUCCUAUACUUUUUCUGUUUGUUAUUUUAACAAUCGCAUUCUAAUGAUCUGAGAUAUAAAUAAAAAAUGGUAUUGUCAUUUU